UCAAUUGUUAGCAUUUAUUUUUUUGUUACAUAAAUUUACAUAAUAAGCUUCCAGUAUCCACAGAACUCAUAACAAUUAAUUUUUCAUACAAAAAUCCAAUGAAGAAUCCUACUUUGUCUUUCAUCGUUCUCACCGUUCUCUCAGCUGUGAUAUUGACCACAGCUCCAGCGGCCGAUGCUGUAUCAAGCCAAGUAGUCCUAGACAUAGCAGGACAUCCGGUUCAGUCUAAUGACCAAUACUACAUCAUACCAGCCAAGAUAGGAACCGGAGGUGGUCUUAUCCCUUCAAGCCGAGACUUAAACACACAAGACUUGUGUUUGAAUCUUGAUAUUGUCCAAUCAUCGUCUCCUUUCGUCUCAGGCCUUCCCGUAACUUUCUCUCCACUCAACACCAAAACCAAGCUUGUCCAGCUCUCAACUAGUCUCAACCUCGAGUUUGAUUCCACGGUUUGGUUAUGCCCUGAAUCCAAGAUUUGGAGAAUCGACCACUCUGUGCAACUUAGAAAAAGCUUUGUAAGCACUGGCGGUGAGAAAGGUAAAGGUAAUAGCUGGUUUCAGAUUAAAGAAGAUGGAGAUGCUUACAAGCUUAUGUAUUGUCCGUCUAGCUCCAUUGUUGCUUGUAUAAAUGUGAGUUUGGAGAUCGAUGAUCUUGAAGCUCGACGUUUGGUUCUUAGCAAUGAUCAAUCUUUCGCUGUUAAGUUUCAGAAGGCUUAUGAUUCAAACUCGAAUUGUCAUCUUGAGUCUAACUCGAGGAUGUUCCCUUUUAUUAUUUCACUUUGGUGCCCCUCGUCGUAAGGGUCUGUUUGGUUCGUCUACUAUAGAAGCGUCACAAAAAGUCCAUUAGGCGGCGCGUGCGUGUGGGAGCUGGGACAUUGGAUAUGGUGGAGGAGAUACGACGGAUGAGUGGUUACGGUGGAGGUGUGAUAGUAGUCGGCGGGUUUUGGCUUCGGAGACGGAAUCGGAAUCUGAAUCCGAUUUGACGGCGGCGGAGAUAAUGGUUAUAUGGGCUAUACAAGGGCCAACUGCUUUUGGUUUAAUGGUUAUUUGAGUAUGUAUACAGUGUAAAUAGAGGCUUAUUGGUUUAUUCUGGCUAACUUGGUA